AUGGCUUCUCAACGGGAUGAGCGUGAGAUGAAAGCGCCUGCAGGAGGGGAUAAGAAAAAGGAUCUGUCAAAGUGUAUUUCUUCGGGUGGGGACAAGGAUGGUGAGCAUAACAGGCUAAAGGAUAUGCAGGAGUCACCGAAGCGGUCUAAUAAGUUGCCGAAAUGGACUUUUGUGAUUUUUGCCAUAAUUUCCGUGAUUUUAAUGUGUGUGUAUUUGCAUAGUCAAGUAGAAGAUUCGCCGUACGGUAACGACACGGAUACGCAUAUCAUAGACGAUAUCGAUAGCAUCGUGUGCCGUAUCAAGCGUAAUGAGCGUACCAUCGACGGUAUCUUGGAUCGUAUCAAGCGUGAUGAGCGUAUCAUCGAUGGUAUAAUUCGUACGCACCAUUUCGAAGCAAAUAGGAAAGACGUUAGACCUAGUGAAGGCGAUAAGGAUAGUGAGGACAUGGAUAGUAAACGCGUUAAACCCGGGAAAGGAGAUAAGGAUAGUAACGGCGAUAGAGGCAAACGCGACGAAUAUAUCAUCUGUGGUAUCGCCGGUUGUAUUGUCACCAUUAUGCUCGGUGGUACUAUCGGUGGCAUGUACGUUCGUGCGUGUCGUAACGAAUCGGGUAGUAAAGGCGAUAGCAGUCUUACGCAGCGUAUCAUUGAUCUUAAUGAGCGUAUCAUCAACCUUGACGAGCGUAUCAUUGAUCUUAGUGAGCGCAUCGUCGAUCGUAUCGUUCCUAGCCGUCGUGAAUAA